ACCUGCCACAAAGAGCGGACAUAACAGCGAGAAAAACAUGUCAACCACUGCAAUCAAACACCGCCUAACCCUCGACCCAUCCAUCUCCAAAUCCGCAACCCGCGACACCCCCCAACCCGCCUCUUCUCUCCCCUCCGCCAAGGAAACCAAACUCCACCCCAAAGGCGCCUCCUCCGACAAUGAAAACGCGAGCCUCUUCUUCGUCGGCACCGCAACCACGAUCCUGGAAUGGGAAGGCAUCCGCCUCAUGACCGACCCCAACUUCCUCCACGCCGGCGACCACGUCCACCUCGGGCCCGGAGUCACGGGGACGCGAAGGACGAACCCGGCUAUUGACCUGCAUGAGCUACCUCGCAUUGACGCGGUGUUGUUGAGUCAUUACCAUGCCGACCAUUUCGACGAGAAAGUGGAGGAGAGCUUGAGGCGGGAUCUGCCGAUUGUUACUACGCCGCAUGCGAAGACGCAUUUGCAUGAUCAGAAGGGUGAGGAUCGGUUUACUAAUGUGUAUGACCUCGACUUCUUUGAGAAUGCGAUGCUUGAUAUUACGACUUCUGGGACGCAGACGGGCGGUGGCAAAGUGCCCGCUGUCAAGGUGACGGGUAUGCCGGGCAAGCAUGUCCCGCCGGGCCUGCUCAGCAUGGCGAAUGAUCUCCUAGGAGCCGUUCCACCCACGAAUGGCUGGAUGAUCGAAUUAGGCUACAAGCCUUCCUCGUCCGCCUCAGAUUCGGACUUUACUUCCGGCUACCGCAUUUACAUCUCCGGGGACACACUAUUCAUCGACGAACUACAAGAGAUCCCCAAACGCUACUCGGGACAGAACAUCGACCUGAUGCUCAUUCAUCUCGGCGGUACGACGAUCCCUGGCCCCAGUGCGCCGUUAUUGAUGGUGACAAUGGAUGCGGAGCAAGGGAUCAAGUUGAUGAGUCUCAUCCAGCCGGACGUCACGAUUCCGAUCCAUUACGAUGAUUAUGAUGUCUUCUUGAGUCCUUUGGAGGACUUUAAGAAGGCGGUCAGUAGUGCGGGGUGGGAUGAUAGGGUGGUAUAUCUGGAUCGGAAGGAUGAGUAUAAGUUUGCUGUUAAGCGAUGA